AUGGAUAUGACCCCAACUUCUCCCGCUGCCCCUGCUGCUCCGUCCACUGCUGGCCCUGAUGGUACUUCCGCUCUCAGUGCUGCCACCAUGGUGAUGGUCAUCCCUCCGUCGUACCAUCACAGGCAUGUCACGGUGGUUGGGCGGCCGGAUGCCCUGAUUUCGUAUCUUCCGGGGUCCAAUGGCUUGGUGUUGGACAUAGCCAACGCUGAGCUCAACCGCUAUGUCCCUCGGCCUGGUCAUCGUGAGCUGCUGGCUCGCCUUGGCCCUGUGGUGCGGCUCGUUCCCUUAUAG